AUGCUUGUCCUCCGCUUGUUGCUCGUUGCCUCACUGGCCCUUUCAGCCACGGGGAAGCGGGUCGUCGAUCAGGAGAAGAUGCAGACCACGACGCAGACCACCACGACGAACACGCCUGGCAUGGCUCCGACGAACGUGACCGCCGAUCCUUUGGCACCUUUGUUCCUCCAGACAGAAGGCUUGCUUGCGUCCCCGGCCAAUGGUUGUGCCUUGCACGGCUGGCACGGGGAGUACAACACCGUUACGGGCGCUGCGGCGAUUACGGUGGACGUGUACCCGCGCAGCACAACCUUCAAGUUUAGCAGCGCGCGGUUCGAGACGAGCAAGGCCAAGGACCCCGAAAUGCUCAACAGACUCAACAAGAUGGACGGCCAGGUUCGAACAGAGAAAAACGGCGAUGUGGUGUUCACACACAAGACUUCUGAGCUCGCUGAGAAAUUCUGCUCGGCACCCUCGAUGUACGGCGCCGCUUUUGGGGAGCUUUGCGAUUUCUUCUCACCAGGCCACAUCCAGAAGUUUUGCACCAAACAGGCUGGCAAGAAGAUCGGAGCGGUGGCCAAGAUGCCUUUCACCGCAGCCCACGCCGGAUACACAUCCGUCAAGAACUACCUGUUUGGAUCCAAAUGA